AUGGCGGACGAAGAAGUUGAUACAACAACAAAUCGUCUGCAUAAACUAUUGAAUGAUGUAGAAAAACGGGUGGAAGAUCUUCGAGACAAUGCACUAGCUGUUCAAAGAGAAAAGCAAAGUAUUUUGGAAAUGCUCCAAGAUAUGCAGGAUGGAGCGUUUCAACAAAGAAUGUCUGAAGCUGAUCGAGAUGACAUAGAAUUCAACACAGAGAGGCUGAUUUUGCGUUGUCUUACCAUUGAGGCUUCAGUAACUACACCAAGAGAUGAUUCCCAGGAGCAAGCCUUCAUUGCAGUUGCUGAGAUUGUAGAAAAACUGUCAUUGAAUUGCGGAGAAGAUCCGCACGGGAACAUUGAAAAACUUGUUGCGUAUUUAAACGCUUCUCUGCCUGAGCCACUAAGCUCAAACAUUGACUCAAGAUUCCAGUCUAAGCUUCUUGGAUGUACAGCUGAGGAUCAAAAAGGGUUCAGGAAACAAUUACAAGCCCUUCAUAAAGAUGUCAAAGAUAAGAUUUCAAAGACUGUGCCUAACUGCUCACCUAACUGCUCAGUUGGAAAUACUUCCAACCAUUGUAAUAGACCAGGAAGUGUUAGUUGUUCUACAGGGUAUACUGGAAAUGGAUACAGCAGUGACAAUGAGAAAGGAAUUGGCAAAGUGGAUGUGCUUGAGAAAGGCUCAGAAGUAAAGACUUAGCGAAAGCCCUCUGCGGUCAAUGUUAAUUGUUAUUGAACUGGAUUUGUUCAUGUUGUUCUGUUUUAUGAUGUUGAAUUGUGCUGAGGGGGGGGGGGGGGGGGUUAUAAUUCUGCACAAUCUUACACAAUCAUGUUAAUGGUUGCCUUUGAUAACUGUCAAAUUUUUAAAAUGAUACUGACAACACUGGGUAUGUAGUGUAUUUCAAAGAUCAAAUUUUGUACAUUCCUUGAUUGAUAUUACAAUUGAUUUUCAGAAUGACCCAAAAUGUACAUGUGGUUUUAAAUGUGCAUUAGUUUUAUGAUUUGUUUUCACAAACUGUUCUAAUACAAUGUAUCAUAUUUUAAAGCAGUAGAGCUUAAGAGCUAAGUAGUAGGUAAUAGUGAAAAUAUAUUGGGUCUAAAAAAUGUUUGUUUAGGGAAACAUCCCCAGAAUCAUUUUAAUAGGGAGGGUAGAUAGUAGUGUUUGAAAAUCGGACUCCAUUUGCUAUCGAUAAUCAAAUUGAAUCGGACCAAGUAUUUCGAUUAACUAUCGGACAAUAAUCGGAAGUUUAUAAUACCAAUUAGGAAUACUUACUUUAUACAUGUUACAUUGUACAUAGUAUAAUUAUGAUCAUUUAAAUGAUUUAACCUGGAAUCAGUACGUGUGAUGCUAUAGUCAAGCUUUUUGCAACAGUCAACAGGGGCGGAUCCAGGAUUUUGGGUUGGGGGGGCGUAACUUUUAUAUAGUGCCGAAUUAUUACAGUAAGGGAAGGCGGGAACGUUUGAAUUGCGUGCACUCUGUGUUGUGUACGAGUACAUCUCAAAAGGCAAUGUUGUAUAAAGAUACGCGAGCGAAGAAAAAAUAGGAAAAUAUAGUAUAUUUUAUUGUUUCCAUACCAAAGAACAUGUAAGCUCCGGGAAUUUUAGGGGGGGCGUGCGCCGGGUGCGCCCCCCCCCUGGAUCCGCUAGUGGUAAAUAUCCAUAACCUUUUUCUGUCUUGAAUAAAUUAACGUAAAAACAUAACAAAAAAACACAUACAUGUAUUUAAUAAUUGCACAUCAAUUGCAAAAUGAUGCAAACCGCAAGUAAGUUAUUUUAGCAUUUAUCCAUGUAAAAGCAAAUUAAAUAUUUGUGUACCAGCUUAACAUCCAAUAACCUGUUAUAUUAUAUUGAAGAUAUCAUUAGAAUAUCUUAAUUUCAUAAAACCUUCACCAAUAAAGUAAAUUUGUUAAUAACAAUUGAUACCAAAAAUUAUUUCAAACACAAAACGCAUCGAGCCAGCAUCCCCGGUAUUUACAGGUAAGACCGGACCUACUACACCAUAGAGACAGAUUAGUGAGGUUUUAUAUGAAAUAUAUAAACAAUAAAAAACUAUUUGUAAUUCUGUGAGAGUUUGUAAGUUUUAAAGCAAAAGCGUUUACAUUUACCUCAUUUGUGUUAGAGAGACCCCUUGUUAAAAUGAAUUAAAUGAGAAUUUACCAGAAAUAAAUAUUGAUAUUUACCGCAUUACAAAAAAUACUUAGUUACCGGAAGUAACAUUAGCGAAAUCGAUUUUGGACACCCACUAUCAAUUGUCGCCGACAUUGCAUUGUCAGCGACGAUUUAUCGAUUGUACUCGAUUAUCGUUUCAUCACUAGUAGAUAGAGUAUAUUUUAAAUAGGUUAUGUUAAGAUCAUUUCUUGUAAAUGUCACUCAUCUAUUGCUGUUGUUCUGCAGCUAUAUUCUGUCAAAAGUUAAUGACAGUUUAUGUUUAUAAAAAAAUGUUAACGGUUUUGAAAUUACUAGGGUCGGCGACUUUUAUUAGGUAGGGUCUGGUUCCUCGAAAGAAUUUUUUUUGUUAGGCCCCAGUGUAAAUUCUUAUUGAUUACCGGUAAGAUUACAAUAUUUUCUAACUGAUUUAGAUAAUAAGAACUCUCUUUAGCAGGGGGAAGGAAAUUCUGAUAUUAUGAAUGCUAAAUUAUAGAGCUGAAAUUUUAAAUGAUUUAAGCAUGAUACUAAUUGAUUUAAAUGAUGUCAUAAUUAUAUGCAAUUUUCAGAUAGAGAUCAAAAUUUAAAAUUAUUAUCACCAAAGGCGGGAUGAAAUGACAAUCUUAAUUGUAUGUUGAAUAGCUUAAAUAAAUUUUUGAAUGAUG